AUGACUGUCGCAAAAGGGGAUCAAGCUCCUACUAGUGCCACAAAAUAUUACAAAUCUAUCAAGUCAGUAAGAGACACCACUGGCCAAGUAUAUGAAUACGUUGUAAAACAUAACGAAGGCAACUAUUACAUUUUGGAUCUGAAUAAAAUGAAAAAUGUUGCCGAUUUUGUUUGUAAUGAUAUUAUUAAGAAGAAUUACCCCAGAGGAAAUUAUCAAGAUAUUCCACCUCAUGGUCGUUGGCAACACUUGAACUAUGGAAGUACCGAACCUAGAUUGGAAAAGUUAAUCAAGUCUUGGAAAAAUGACGCAAAAUAUGAUGACAUUGAAAUCUCUAGAAAGUUAAUCGAUUUAAUUGUUUUUAGUGUUUUAGUCGAUGCAGGUGCUGGUAACCUUUGGAAAUUUACGGACCCGGAAACCAAAGAGAAAAUUGGCCGUUCAGAGGGUUUAGCUAUUGCUUCUUAUUAUCUAUUUGUUACUGGGAAGUUUUCUAAUGACAAAGAUAAUUAUAAAGUAAAUGGAUCCAAGCUAAUGUCAUGGACAAUGGAUGAUUUUGUUAAGGGUUUUCAGGUCGACCCUGAAAAAAACCCGUUAAGUGGAUGCGAUGGUAGAUUAAAAUUGAUUCAAAACUUGGGUAUGGCUUUAAUUAGUAACAAAGAAAUUUUUGGUGAAGAUGGUAGACCAGGUAACAUAGUUGAUUACUUAUACAAAAAUUCUGAGCCCAACGGUGCUAAAAAUAAUCAAAAUGUGAUAGAUUUGAAUUUAUUAUGGGACACUUUAAUGACUGGGUUAACCUCUAUUUGGCCAAAGGGUAGAAUCAGCAUCGGAGGAGAGUCCAUCGGAGAUGCUUGGUUUCUAGAUACCAAGACUUUGGCUGACAAGAAAGCAGGUGUUGGAAAUGAUGAUAAAGACAUAGGUGUUGUUACUUUCCAUAAAUUAACACAAUGGUUAUGCUAUUCGUUAAUUUUCCCAUUAGAAACUUAUGGUUAUAAAUUUGUUAUUGAAAAUAAAGCUUUACAAACUGGACUACCAGAGUAUAGGAACGGUGGUUUAUUUUAUGAUUUUGGUGUCUUAACCUUAAAAACAGAUGUUUUAAAGAGGGGGUUGGAAUUAACAAAAAGUUUAAAUCCUUCUUAUUCAUUAGACAUUCCAACCUAUAAACCUGAAGAUGGUGCCAUUGUAGAAUGGAGAUGCUUGACCAUUGGAUUAUUGGAUCACUUAUUACCCAUGGUUAAUGAAAGAUUGGGCUUUGAAUUCUCCUUGCCACAGUUAAUUGAAGCUGGUUCUUGGAAAGGUGGUCGUGAAAUCGCUGCUAUUAAGCGCCCUAAAACAAAAGGUCCCCCAAUUGAAUUGUUCAGUGAUGGCACAGUUUUUUGA